AUGGUCGUCCGGGCGGCGCAGCAAGGGCGGGAUGGCAGCAAACAGGCCGAGGCGUCCCCAUCCCCAGGGGCCAAGGCGUACCCCUACAACGCGGGCAUCGGAGAGCGACAGCAAAAGGCGACAAUUGAGCACAUCUUCACCGCGUUGGAAUCGGCGGACAGCGACGUCAGCACCAGUGGGAGCAGAAGCAUCAGCAGCUGGGACGGCAGCGGCAGCAACCUGCAGGCGCCGUGGGCGGUGGGGUGGCAGAUGAGCGAGCGCAAUAUGGUGUGGAAUGACGACCUCAAGCUGCGGCUCAUACGGCGCGUCGCCUCGGAGCAGCUGGGGGUCAGCGAAGCGGAGCUGGAGCAGCAGCUGGAGGAGGUGGUAUGCCUGCUGCCAGACCUCAGGUCCCGCCUGGGGCAGGCGCCGGCCGACAUGGUGGUCAAGCUGGCCGCAAACACGCGGGAAAUUGCGGGGCUGCUGCUGCGCAUCAAGGCGGCCUUCCCAAGGGCAGACGCGGGCGCUAUGGUCGGCAAUCGCCUGGACCUACUGCUGGAACCCGAGCAGCUGCCCGACUUGGAGCGCGCCGCCGAGCGGCUGGGGCAGCUGGUGCCGGGCAUUGACGUGGACCGUUUCGCAGAGGCGUUCCCGGCUGUUUUGGACGUCGACGACUUUGAAGGGGCGCUGCUGGAGGCAAAGCGCCUGCUCCCAAAGAUGGACGUUCCUGCCAUGCUGCGCGCCAACCCGGACUUUGUGCUGAGCCUGAUGAAGGGCAAGCACCUCAUCACUUAUGACCAGAUCAAGAACCCCUUCACCUAA